AUGACUACAGAUACAGGCCAAGUUUUGAUGUCCGUCGAAGCUGAAGCUUAUGUGGAACACUUGGUGAAAUACAAGCUUAGAGAUGUCGGAAGUUCAGAUUGGUCCAGACAACAUGAGAUGCUGGAGAAAUUGAACAUGCAAGCUGUCAUUAAUGCCUCUGCCCAGGAAGAUGAAUUUGUGAAAGAUUUCUUCAUCUCAUGCGGCAAGUUUGAGGUGCUGAUCUAUGACCUACUGGUGACAGAGGUGUGGAAAGAGAAAAUCUUCCCAGCAUUGAUUGACAUGGACUUUGAACCUAAAACAACAUUCCCAAUUUACAUGGUGCUCUACCAUGAGGCAACAGUAGCCACACUACUAGAGACGACCAUGUUUUUCCGUGAGAGUUGUGAGAAUGCAGAGGAUCAGAUUACAGACCUUGUGGAUUACUGUUACAGGAAACUAACACAACUUGUAGCGAGAAUGCAGGAACGAGAGAAUGAUGAUUCUGAUGAAGAGGAUAAUGAGAUAACUGCAGACAGUGAAAACAAAACAAAUAUGGAGGAACUACAAGAACAAGAUAGGAAGCUGAACUUUGAGAUUUGUAUUAAAGUUCUGUCUCUCCUACGUUACAUUGUAGAUCACAUAGAAUGCCUGCCUUUGAGUGUUCUCAGUCGAGUACUUAACACACAUGAUAUCCCUAUUCUGUUGGUACAACUUGUUGAGAAUCCACCGUGGAGUAAAAGGAAAGGGGGGAAGCUGCAGAAAUUCAUGGACAACAAGUGGCAGGAGGUCAGCCGAGAAGACAGCUUCAAAUUGACCAAAACAGAAGGACAGGUAUGGUUGGCCCUAUUCCAGCUACUCAUGAACCAGACAUGUCAACAGAAGUAUGAAUUAAAUUCCUUCAGGAAAAAUAUUAUAUUGAAGCUGAGAUCUUACCUGACAGAGGUGAUGCUGGAUCAGUUACCUGUCCUAUCUGAAAUGCAGAGAUACUUAGAACACCUGUCAAUGAUGGACCCACCUGCAGCUAAAAAAGAUCUCAUCUUAGAACAGGUGCCAGAAAUUAGAGAAAAAAUCCUAUCUGACAAUGACAAGAAAUGGAAACAAAUUGCCAAGAAGCAGUCAAAGACUCAUUUUAAUCCGUCCCAAUCAGACAUGAGAGCUCAAGCUAAAAGGUGGGCAGAUACAUAUAACUUUGAUAUGAUGGAGAACUUAUUGUCGGAGCCUCCAAAGUGUGCAGUAUGUGGUAACGAAGCCAGCAAGCGGUGCUCACGAUGUCAGAAUGAGUGGUACUGCAGAAGGGAGUGUCAAGUGAGUCACUGGGCCAAACACAAAAAGGCAUGUAACCUCUUGGUGGAGUCUCUAGUGAAAGAUCAAUCAGAGAGUAAAGUUGUACAACAGACAUGA